AUGCCUCCUCACCGCAAGCGCAGGCGGGAGGGUGACACGUCACGUCAUCAAGGCGCUGACGACGUCGGGGGGCGCGAAGAAGAUGAUGAUAGUGAACGAGACGAGGAAGAACUAGGCGAGGACCUCUUCGGUGACAACUACGAGCGCGAUUAUCUUCACCCUGAUGAGGAGAGCGAAGUCCUUGAAGAUGAUGUAGAGGACGACGACUGGAUUGACGACAAUAGCGAUAUUUCUGUCAUAUCAGACUCCGGCCGGUUGGCUGUUGAUGCGUUGCUCGACAGAAGAAAUGAAAUGGAACAGCGGUUGCGUGAGGAGCGAAGACAAUUGGAGGAGGGUGUCUUCAGUGAUGUAGAUAAGGAUUCUAUUCCUAGCACUGGUAGCGACGGAAGUGGUUUUACAGCGGAGGGAAGCGUGGGAGGGAGAGGUGCCGGUGGCGAUGAGGAGGAUGAGGAUGUUACCACUACCGCUGGCAAUGACGAUGGUGUGUACGUUCGCGGGGAGCUGGGCCCCAUGGAUUUUGACUGGCGGCAACCUCAGUGUGACCUGGUGGAGUGGCUCUCUCAGGAACUUCCUCGACACGUUGUGAAGAACCGUAUCUACAACUUUUACCUAAACUAUGUGGAAAAUGGCGUCUGUGUCUAUGAACAGAAGGUGCAUCUGAUGGCUCGUGAGAAUGAGCAGAGCUUCCAGCUAAGCUACAGCCAUUUGAGUCGCGUCUACGAUUCUGUGUUGGCGCUGUGGCUUGUCGAUGUUCCCGACGUGAUGAUUGAACUGCUGGAGGAUGCAGCAAACUACUUUGCUUUUAAACUGUUUCCACAUUACAGAAAAGUCCAUAAACACAUUCUGGUCCGAAUAUGUGACCUACCGUUGUGUGACCCAAUUCGUGACUUUCGUCAGAUACACAUGAAUGUCCUUGUGCGCGUUGAGGGAGUGGUCAUCCGGCGUUCCCCCGUUUACCCCCAGAUGCAGGCGGUUAGGUACGACUGUGUGCGUUGCAGCUACAUUAUUGGUCCCAUAUACCAGCGGGGAGAUAAGGAGCAACGCGUCAGUUUGUGUCCUAGUUGCCACAGUAAGGGCCCCUUUCGUGUAAACAUGACCCUCACAGAGUAUCGCAACCAUCAGACGAUUGUACUGCAGGAAUCACCCGGGAAGGUACCUCCUGGUCGGCUUCCACGGAGCCUGGAGGUCAUUCUUACGAACGACUUGAUUGACCGCGCGAACCCUGGAGAGGAGGUGGACGUCACAGGAAUCUACCGCAACAAUUUCGACCCGCUUCUAAACAGUCGUCAGGGCUUUCCCGUAUUCACAACUUUGCUACACGCGAAUAACGUGGUGCGUCGCACCGCUGAGGUCGAUAGUUUUCGCUUGCCUGACGAUGAGCGGGUCCGAAUAAUGGACCUGGCUAAGCACCCGCGUGUCAAGCGGAAGUUGUUACGCUCAAUUGCUCCGAGCAUCCACGGGCGUGAAGACAUCAAACUUGGUCUUCUCUUGGGGAUGCUCGGUGGUGUGCCAAAAGACGUGGGUGGCGAUCAAUCACAUCGUAUUCGAGGGGACAUUAACGUGUUGCUUGUUGGUGAUCCCGGCUGUGCCAAAUCUCAGUUCCUCAAAUUUGUGGAGAAGACGGCAAAUCGCGCAGUCUUCACAACGGGUCGAGGCUCCACAGCCGUUGGGCUUACGGCUUCCGUGCAUAGGGAUGGUGUUACGGGGGAUUUUGUGUUGGAGGGUGGCGCGCUUGUUAUUGCAGACCGGGGCAGCUGCCUUAUUGACGAAUUUGACAAAAUGUCUGAUCAAGACCGUACUUCAAUUCAUGAAGCGAUGGAGCAGCAAACCAUAUCCGUUGCUCGUGGUGGUAUUGUCACUACGCUUUCAGCACGGUGUAGCAUAGUCGCUGCGGCCAAUCCUAUAGGGGGGCGGUACGACCCCUCCAUAUCGUUUGACUCUAACGUCAAUCUUACAACACCAAUUCUUUCGCGUUUCGAUCUCCUCUUUGUUGUGCGUGACGAGGUUAACGUGGAGUUGGACGAAAAGUUAGCAACUUUUAUAUGUCAUUCACACAUUCGAAACCAUCCCCGAACGCAACAGGAGAGCCGGCGCAGUGAGCGAGAACUGCAGGAACGACUGUCCAGUUUACGGUACGCGCUGGAGAACGCAUCCACAGAAGAGGAACGCCGGGUGGUAGAGGCGCAGUUGCAGCAACUACGUAACUCUCUCGCCAACGAGCCACUGAAUGAAGAUGAAGAUCCGUCAAGUGAUAAACCGCUGCCGCAGCAAUUGCUGAGAAAGUAUAUUCUUUAUGCCAAGGCACACUGUCACCCCCGUGUUUCCAAUAUCGAUGCAAACACAAUUGCGCGGCUCUACACGGAACUCCGACAGGAGUCGAAACAUGGUGGUGUGGCGAUCACUGUUAGGCAUAUGGAGUCAGUGAUACGCCUUUCCGAAGCUCAUGCGCGGUUGCACCUUCGUGACUUCGUUCGCGACGAAGAUGUUAAUGCCGCAAUAUCACUAUUUUUACGCUGCUUUAUUCAGACUCAAAAGUACAGUCUGCGGAGUGCGAUGGAGAACAGGUUUCGUAAAUACUUCGAUUCCGAUACGGAGCCUCUGCCUCUCAUUCAGCAUCACAUAAAGGUUGCUGUCCAUGCUAUUCGGGCGUUCGAGCGGCAAAUGUCAGGUGGCGUGGAGCCGACACGCGUGCGUAUUGACGUAAUGCAGCUGGAGCAUUGCACAAUGAAUGUAUCAAAGGAGGCUCUAAAUGCCUUUUUUGAUUCCGAGGAGUUCAAGAGAGAUUAUACUUUAAUACGUGACCCCGGCACCGGUGUACCCCUUCAAAUAGAGCACUCCCUGGUGUAA